AUCCAGCAGGCAGAAAUCUGUGGUGAGAAAGGAGGCAGGAGAGUAAAGAGAACUUAUCUCUAAAGGAGGCAUAGGGAAUAGUUGAUGGCUGGGUUAAAAAGGUAGAAUCCACAGCAGGUGCAGUGGUUAGAAGGUUUCCGAGGCUACAAGAUGGGAGUUGGAUGUUGGAGGAACCCUUUGUUGCUGUUGGCUGUCCUGAUCCUGGAAGCCAGACUAGGUCAUUUUCAAAGGUGGGAAGGCUUCCAGGAGAAGUCCAUGAGCAAGACAAACAUGAAUUCAACGCUCCAAUUCUUCAUGGAAACCUACAACAAUGCUAGCAAUGACACCUACUUAUUUCAAGUCGACAAGCUACUUCGAAGUCAGAUGCAGCUCACAACUGGAGUGGAGUAUAUGGUAACUGUGAAGAUUAGCCGGACCAAAUGCAAGAGGAAUAGCACAAGUAAUUCAUGUCCCAUUCAAAGCAAAAAGAAGCUGAAAAAGAGUUUCAUUUGUGAUUUUUUGGUGUACACUGUGCCCUGGAUGAACUAUUACCAACUCUGGAACAACUCUUGUCUGGAGGCUUGAAUGCAUUGGUGCAAAGAUGUUUGAUAAAAACUUAGAUGGUCA